CUCUUCAUUCUCCAAAUAGGACAAGACCACAGCUGGUGGCCCAAGCAACAUGGCUCCAUCUCCUCUAGCAGCCGCAGGAGGACUUCUGUUACUUUUCUCCUUGGCAUCAGCACAAACCAGAGGAGACAGCAGUGGAUCAUGCACCAUACAUGAUGACUUUGGAAAGUACUGUCCUACAACAUGUGGAGUGGCUGAUUACAUGUUUAGGUAUCUGCCAGGGGUGGAAAGGGAUUUGGAUGAUAUGCAGGAGCAGCUGGACACAAUUGCCAAUUUGACCCAGGGGGCCGAAGAACAAGUCGUCUACAUGAAAGAUUCUGCUUCUUCAGUUCAAAAGAGCUCCCAGCCAGACGCACAAUUCAAAAAGGCAUCAAAUUUGCUCGAUGAUGUUCUUCGAUUUGAAAAGACUAUCAUCGCACAGGAGCAGCAAAUAUUUGAGCUUCAGAGUUUAAUGGCAUCCAACGAGAGGAGAAUGGCAGACUUAAAACAACUCUCCAUUCAGCUGCAGCAGAAAUGCAGCGAGCCCUGCAAAGACGAGGUUGAGAUUCAGACCCACACAGGAACAGACUGCCAGGAUGUUGCAAACAAAGGUGCCACCACUAGUGGUCUUUAUUAUAUAAAGCCAGGGACGGCCACUGAGCAGUUCCUGGUCUACUGUGAGAUCGACAACUUUGGACGUGGCUUCACGGUGAUACAAAGGAGACGCGACGGCAGCGUGGACUUCCACAAGGACUGGGUUCAGUACAGGGAAGGCUUUGGUUACCUCUCGCCAGACGACACCACAGAGUUCUGGCUCGGUAACGAGAAGAUCCACCUCCUGACGGCCGCUACGACCAUCCCAACCGUGCUGAGGAUAGAGCUUGUUGACUGGGACGGCAACAAAAGGUAUGCUGACUACAACAUGUUCAGAGUCGGGCCAGAGAUCGAUAGUUACCGUAUGACAUACGGCUACUACUUUGGCGGUGAUGCUGGAGAUGCUUUCGAUGGCUUUAACUUUGGCGAUGAUCCCAGCGACAAGUUCUUCACCGCUCACAACGGCAUGCAGUUCAGCACCCACGACAAGGACAAUGACAAGUACGACGGCAACUGUGCUCAGCAGGACGGCUCCGGCUGGUGGAUGAACAGAUGUCAUGCUGCACAUUUGAACGGCAAAUACUACCAGGGUGGCAGGUACACAGAAAAGGACGCAGGUGAAUUCGGCUACGACAACGGCAUCAUUUGGGUCACAUGGCACAACCGCUGGUACUCCCUGAAGGAGACCACCAUGAAGCUCAUUCCCCUCAGCCGCAUCACAACAGGCGGACAGCAAGUUGGGGUGAAAGAGUUUGGCGGACUUGGAGAUUCUUAAAAAAAAGUAGACUAACAUGCUUGUGGUGUGUGUAAGCUGCAGUUAAGGUGUUCAGCACAACAGCAAUGAGCCCUCCUUAAAUGAAAUAACAUGCUCCAGUGGAAAAUUUCUGACUUUAUGAUGUGUGAUGCGUGCGUGUUUUGCAGACCUGACCCAGCAGGACACUGAUGCUCACAUUUUCCUUUCCCUUCCUCAGUGUUGUUUUGAGCACUAAAUAAAUGUCUUCUCUUCACCAAACAUGGUCAGUACUUCAUUGGGCAGUAAUCAUUUGGACUACAUAUGGCAAGCAUCUGUUUUGUAAAACAAUGUGGAGAUUAGACAAAAGCACACAGUUAAAAGAAAUAUACAAGAAAGCUAACAUAACAUACAUGUUUGAACUGACUAAAUGUUCACCACGUGACCACAAAUACACCUGUAUGUGACAGACAAACUUAAUACACCAACUCAAGACAAAUAAAACCAUUUCAAAUGAA